CUCCUCUGGUUCUAAACCUUGUGCAACACUGCAACAAAACCGAGCUGCAAGAUUUGACUUGCUUUCAAUAAUCUACAAAGCUAUAAAACAGAUUAAUGAAAUCAAAAUAACGUUUGUGGGGGAGAUCCCUGUUUUGCUGUGCUGAUGAGCAUGGAAGAUUAUGACCACCUUUUUAAAAUAGUUUUAAUCGGAAAUGCCGGAGUUGGGAAAACCUGUUUAGUGCGUCGAUUCACUCAGGGCCUCUUUCCACCCGGUCAAGGAGCCACCAUUGGCGUUGACUUCAUGAUUAAGACAGUGGAGAUUAGAGGGCAGAAAGUAAAGUUGCAAAUCUGGGACACGGCAGGACAGGAGAGGUUCAGGUCCAUCACCCAGAGCUACUACCGCAGUGCCAAUGCGCUUAUCCUUACGUAUGACAUCACCUGUGAGGACUCCUUCCGGUGCCUUCCGGAGUGGCUGAGGGAGAUCGAGCAGUACGCCAACAACAAAGUCAUCACAGUCUUAGUUGGGAAUAAAAUUGACUUGGCUGACAAACGGGAAGUUUCCCGACAGAGAGCAGAAGAGUUUGCAGAGGCGCAAAACAUGCAUUACCUGGAGACGUCGGCGAAAGAGGCAGACAAUGUGGAGAAGCUGUUCCUGGACUUGGCCUGUGAACUGAUACAAGAGGCCAAACAGAAUGUCCUGGUGAACAACGAUGUGUCCGUCAUGCCUGGGGAGGGCAGAAGCAUAAGCUACUUGAACUGCUGUAGCUUUCGUUAGCUGUUUAGCAGUCGGCACGAUUCUGCCAUAAACGCAGGUGGCCUGUGUCACUUCAGUGAUGAACUUCAUUCUUUCCUUUCCCCUUAAGUGAGACAUGGUGGUGUGGAGCGAUCGCACAUUUUGUGUCCUUGAUAGAUUUUUAGAUUUUUAAACUGCUACUUAUAAAGAAACUUGGUUUGGAUGGAUUUGCCUUCAAUUCUAGAUGAAACUGCAAAAGCACAGCACAUAUAUAUGUGUACAUGUGUGUAUGUGUGUGUUUGUGUGUGUGUGUGUGUGUGUACACACACACGCAUACAAACAUAGGCAGCUCUCGACUUGCGUAAAGCCGAUUUUUAAGUAAAUCCAGACUUGGGCAAAAAAUAUUUGGAGAGUUUACGGAAGCACUAAUGCAAAAAAGGCAACAUCCGCGUGUAAGUAAAUGUACACUUUACCUUUUCAUUUAUUUAAUAUGUGUUAUUUAGAAUGUGUUACUAGUAUAUUUCUGGCUUAAGUGUUUUUUUGCUGUAAGUUGUCUUGAAUGGCAUGGGAAGGUAAAUCUCACUUAGGGGACUUUUGUUGUGUAGAAGGAUUUGUGGGAUGGGCUACGUACGUCAGUCGAGCUGCCUGCCUAUACACGCAUAUACAUGUGUAUGUGUGUGUAUUAUAACACUACCAAAAAAGGGGAAACGCUACUUUUCAUGGAUAAAUGUACUGUUGGUUGUGUCCCACAGUACCUACAUUCUCCAAAGCAGAACUUAAUCUAGCUGUUGAAAACAAAUAUAAUGGCCACUAAACGAUUAUUUGUGUCAACAGUACAGUUUUUAAAAACCAUUAGUUUUAGUUUCUGUCAUGAAUUGUGAAAUGGCCAUAAUACCCAAUGGUCAUUUUAACCGUCAGGCUCGUUAACAGCACUGAACGGGUUGCCUUAAGUAUUGCUAUUAUGUUGUAUUAAUUAUUUGAAUACAAAUGUAACAAGUUACAUCUCAGUGGUACAGUAUGUCAUCCUCAUCACUUUACACACCUGUGUAUUAGGAACCAAAAUUCAAUUAAAACACCCUGGUAAUGGCCACUGUAAUAUUAAUGAUUUAUCUUGAAUCCAUACAAAGCAGUUAAUUAUCUUCACGUUCAGUUAUUUGAAGAGUAAAUUGGUGAAAGCCGAUUUUUCCUUUUUUGACGUUUUCAUGGGUUAUCGGACACUUCCUCCGCCUUAAGGCCUGCUGGGUUAUGUUCAUAGCUUUGAGUAAUGGAUGAAAUCUCAGAAGCAGGAAGACUGAUCUGUAGUGGCAGUGAAAGUAAAGGAUCUGGAAAUAAUCUCUGAUUUGUGUAAAUAAGUAUUAACAAAAGGUUUAGCCUGUGCUUGGCGGGAAUCUGAACAGUCACACAGCAUCUUACACAUUUUUAUUUUCCACUCAUACAGGGACUUUGACCUUCAGAUAAUCCGAGACAAAGAAGGCUUAUCACAAGUCUUUUGCUUUCAGUGCUGAUCAAUAAAGUCAAAUCUGUGAAGUAACAUUGACUUAAAUAUUUCUAUAGGAUUUUCUCUAACACUUUACAUCAGCCGCACCUUCAUAAUGCAUUCAAAGCACAGUAUACCCUAACAUCCAAACAUACCAUAACUAUAAGUUUAAAUAUAUAUAAGUAACAAGUAUUUUAUGAUUAAACAACAAAAUAAUGUUUAUUUAAUGUAUAUUAAAGCUGUUAAGGUAUGUAAGGAUAUAGGAAGGUAUACUUACAUGCUGCUUAUGAAUGUUCUAUGAAUGCAUUAUGAAGGUGCACUGAAUGUUCUAUGAAUGCAUUAUGAAGGUGCACUGAAUGUUCUAUGAAUGCAUUAUGAAGGUCCAGUCAAUGUGAAGCAUUACCCUUUCUCCAUUUUAAACUGGACCGUAAAAGGUUUGAUCUGUGUAAAAUGCACCACCCAGUACAUCUGUCAGCUUUGCGAUACUUCAAAGGACAUUUACGAGGCAUGCAGCACGCAUGAGAUUUCUUUCCACAUUUUAAUGUUUGUCCUGGAUAUUUUGAACUGGAAAAUUUUAUUUAGUAUUAGCUAUUCAGUAUUUUUUUUCCUGUGUAACUAUGAAGUUAUGAAGACUUAGUUUAUCUUUUUUAUAGUUGAAAGUAUUAUUUCUUUCAGGCUCUAAUUUGUAAUUUAAGUACAUGCGUAUUAUAUUGACAGUAUUUGCAUUCUUUAACAGUCAGUUCUUGAAGGAUCUGUAUAAAAAGGGCUUUUUAAAUAUUACUGUAAUCCUUUAUUUGUAUAUUUCUUUUCAAUUUUAAUAUAACCAGUCUGACAGUUAUGUGCAACAGUAUAUUAGUGCUGCACAGUAUGUUUGUAUACUACAUGUGAGACCUUCAUUUCUGUAUCUGAUUCACAGCCCAGCUAGAGUUACAUUCCUAGCUGGGCUGUUCAGUGGUUUUGUCUAAUGUGCACUGGCCUUGACUUUGAAGAUAUUAGUUAUCCAAUAAAGGAGAAAUAUUCAUUAAUCUA